UCGUGACAUUUUUCGUAACGAAUAGUUGUGUUUAAUGAGUGUUAAAAUUAUGAAAAUUUUCUGAAAUUUAUUUUUUAUUUAUUAGUUUUAUUUUUUUACAAAACAAUUUUUAAAUUAUACUAUUUUCUUUAUACAAUUAUUUAAUAUAUUCACUAGUGUAGUUAAAGGAAAAAUGUGUGUGUUUUGAAAUGAUUUUCAUAUUUUAUAGUGUAAAAAUUUAUUAUAAUUUUCCUUUAUUUUUUUUUCUAAUUUGAUGAUUGUGAUAAAUUUUUUGACAAUACAAAGAAUGAUGCCCGAUAAAGAUGUUAUCGACACUGAUUUCAAAUUUUUCACUCCAUUGAGCCGUAUUUUCUAUCGACCUAGACGAUUAUUGAAUGCUUCCGAUUCACUGGAUGUCAGCCGCGUUGAGGAAAGAAAUUUACCUGAAACAAUACCUGCAAAUGUAUAUACAUGGACAGGAAAAGAAUUAUAUAAACAAAAAUUUGUCGGUGACAGAUUCAUUCCACAGAGAAAAUCAUUGAAGUCAAAUGCCUUUAAUUUUCAUUUUGAAGGAAAAGUGAAUAAAAUAAAGAAUGAAAAUGAACUACAAGUAUUGGAACAGAUAAAGUCAUUACCAACUGAAUGGCGUAAACGGGGUAUGAAUGCAAUAUUAUUGGAAUUAAACAUAUUUCCAGGACAACAGCAAAAUUUACAAAAUAACAACAAUAUAAAUAACAAUGAUAAAUUAUGGCAAUGUCGACCUCGUAAAAAACCAUUAAUGUGUUCAUCACACAAAGGUGAUAAUGUUAAUCACCAAAUUCCACAAAUAUUUAGAUUUCCAUUUUUUAUACGCGGAAGACAUUUGGUUGAUUGGGGUAAACAAAAUUAUAUCGUCAUGGCAAUUGACGGUGGUGUUGGUGUUUUCGAUGCUGAUUCUCCUUCAAAAUUGAAUUAUGAAAAUUAUGACAAUAGCGGUUAUGUUACUGUUGUUAAAUGGAAUAAUGAUGGUAGUAAAUUUGCAAUUGGACACAAAUACAGAAGUAAUAUCUCUAAAAUUACAAUGAAGCAUUUAAGAACAAAAGGAACAGAAGCUAAACUUGAAAAUAAGAAAAAAGCGAACAGACAAUGGUUUUGUAAUUGUCCAUGUGAUGAAUAUUUAUUUUGUGAAAUUGUCAACAUUUGUUGGUCAAGUACAGAUAAAUUCAUUUUAGGGGGAUGCAGUUCAGGAAUUAUGUUUAAUUUGAAUGAAGAAACUGGCAAGAUUGAGAAUACAGUAGAUUGUGAAAGUGAUAUUAUUCAUUUUUCACUAUCACCAAAUGAUAAAUAUCUAGCGGUAACAUUUCAAGAUAAAUCGAUAAAAAUUUUUUUCUGGCCCGAUUUUGAACCCUAUAUGAAUAUGCAAUAUUACAAACGAAUAAAGUCACUUGCUUGGCAUCCAUGGAACAAUCAUAUUCUUUGCGUUGGUGGUGGACACAAUGAUGGAUCUUUAUCAGUUUGGAAUGUUAAUGUACAAAAACCAUUGCAAUAUCGUACAAUUGAUUUUACAGGGACUGUGGAAAAUUUAUUAUUUAAUAAAUUAACUGGCGAAUUAAUUGUUCAUUGGUCAUGUUACGAACGAGGUGAACGACAAGUUAAAAUUGUUGUACUUGAAAAUUUAGAUAAAAUUGUUGAUUUUAUUCCAAUUGAAAAGGAUGUUAAAAUAUUAAAUAUUAUUUCGAAUCCUGAUCACACUAAGCUUGCUCUACCAUGUCGUGAUACAAUAACAAUUUGGAAUAUUUUUGGCCAAGAAAAUCAGUCAAUAAAAAAGAAAAAAAUUGAAAAAUUUAUUGACACUAACGUAUUCGCUUAUUACAAUAUACGAUAAUAAUAAUAAUUAUUAUUAUUAUUAUUUACAAAAAAAAAGAAGUGAAUGGCUGGCCAUUGAUUAUUAUUUUUCAUCGUCAACAAAAACAAAAGAAAUUAAUAAUUAAGAAAAAUUUUAAAACCGUUACAAAAAUGUAAAAAGUGUUUUUAACUUCUAUAACUAUAUAUAUACGAUUUGUUAAAAAUUGAACUGUUAAUAUAUAAUAGAGUAUUUAUUUAUGUAUAAUUUUAAAAAUCAUAGAAAUUGUGCAAACAAAAAUUUUUUUUACAAAAAAAAUUAAUAUUUUUAUUUUAAUAAAUACGAUUUUAGAAUAA